UCUGCGGAAUCGGCCGGUCAGCAAUCGGCGAAACGAUUGUUGUUUGGCGAGAUUGAUACUAGUAGUUGUUCUACAUUGUCGACUGGUCGAAGAUCACGAACAAACAGCUCGGUCUGCGCCUUGGUGGACUCCAGAGACCGGUUCUUCAACCGCUUCUGGGCAGAAGAAAACUGUCGGGAUUCCUUUUUGUCGCAGGUCGACAGGAAGACGUUGCCAAAUCUCAGACUUGUUUGCCAUGACUUUGGAGCGCGGGCAGCUCCAAUUCUUUUCGAAGAGGUCAGUAUCACUUUCAAGACCAGUACUUUCGCGCGGCCGACGCGACUCCUGGCCCUUGAAAGGAUCGGGCAUCAUGUGAAGACUUUCAAGUUCAAUAUGCCUCAUCUGCAGGAGACUUUCCUCCCGCCGCUCAUUGACGACGUGACGGGAGAAGGGAGAAGCUUUGUCUACACCCCGCAGAUACACAAGCCGGAAACUCUCAUCGGGAAAGUCAAACUGCCAAAGUAUGGAAGUUGGGAGAUGACGGAUAUGCUGAUCAAACAGUAUCCGCCCCUCUUCCAUGCCGCUACCAACAUCCCUUCGUUUAUUCGCGCUCUUGAGGCUUUGCCGACAUUAUCGCAUUUAAUUGUCAAUUGCCCUGGUCAGACGGUUGGACAGCGCAAUCGGCGCAGCACUGUUGACUACGCACUGAUAUCAUUGCGCAUUGCGGUUGAACGCGCGUCACUGCCUCUGCUAUCGCGGUUGACCUUUGCCCAUAUCCAUCCCGGGGGCCUUCUUUACAUGCACCCGAUGCUUGGCCUAGGUUCUCCUCCAGGAACGGCGAAGUGCUGGAGACAAAUCAAGCACCUUAGCCUUACGGUGGACGCCAUUUCCGUGGAACCAACACCAGCAAAUAUGAGAGGUGACGGGCUGGAGCACUUAAGGGUUCUUCACACCUUUUUUAGUGCCUUUUCACCACGCGUGAAGCAGCUCUACUUCCAAUGGUUAGGUGGAAAGGGCCCAUGUCCAUUAUCGUUGGACCUGGAGCCUGCGUUGCAAUCACAGCCGUCCGUUGAUGGACCAUCGCCGAAGCCGUCAGUGCCGUCCACAGCGAACACCACACCUUUAAGCCCCUCGCCUUCCCUACCCGCUGUCUACUUCCCUCGCCUCACCCAUCUCAGUCUCCAGUCCCUUAGCACCCCAGCAUCUCAUCUCGCUGCUCUCAUCACACGCCACCAACGGUCUCUCGAAGAUUUUGCUUUCGAAGCGUGUCAUCUAACCUCCGGCGACUGGGACGAGGCACUCGAGCCGCUCACCGCCAUCACCGGCUCUUCCCGCUGGAAAGGUCGCGAGGUUGAGGUGUGGGACGUACCGCUCAUCAUC